CCACCAGUUCGAGUCCUCCUCGUUAGGCUUGGCGGCGGCGGAGGAGAGGUCGAGCAUGUCGUCGUCGUCGAAGCGGCAGGGGCCGCCCAAGCACCAGAACAAAUACGCAUGGAAGCCCAACGCCGGCUGCAAGAUCAACGAAACGGAAUUGGGAGGAAGGCUUCGCCCCUACUCGGCCGUAAGCGGGGUCUGCCCCCGCUGCAAAGAGCAGAUCGAUUGGAAACGAAGAUAUGGCAAGUAUAAGCCUAUUUUGGAGCCCGCAAAGUGUCAAAAAUGUGGGAAACGGACCGUCCGGCAGGCGUACCAUAAUGUCUGCUCCGCGUGCUCGAAGGAUCUUGGGAUAUGUGCAAAAUGUUGCGGUAGCACCAAUGAGAUCAUAGGAAGGGAUGUCUUAGAAGUGGAGUCUGAACGCAAGGCACUGGAGGAGGCUAUUAAGAAUUCUCGGGAAAGAGAUCGAAGGACUCUUCUUCGCGCUAUGAACAAAAAUAGGACUGGAGCUGGGACAACGAUUCCAAAAAUUGAAGACAGAAGUAGAGAGGGAGAUUUGUUUCCUGUUAAAACAAUUGAUGAGUAUGCUGAACUUACAAGACAUCAUGGUAAAAAUAAUGAUGAGGAUGAAGAUGAGGACAAAUGCGAGGAUAAGGAAGUGGAUGGUUAUGAGGUCGAGGAUGAGGAAAAGGACUGGAAUGAGGAUGAGGAUGAGGAUGAGGACGAGGCUAAAAUGUGAUCAACAUCAGACUGAAUCCUACAAAAUUAUGAAACAGGAGUUUGACAUCAGCUGAAGCUUACUGAGUUGCAUCACAGGAGUAACUGUAACCAGUGGAUUCUUACAUUUUUGUCGAUUUUGUUCACCAAUAAACUAUCACUUUAUAACU